AGAUGCUGAGCCUUCAGGGGCGGAGGAGGCGGCGGCGGCAGAGGAGAGAGCGGGAGGAGGGAGGGAAGGCUGGAAGAGGGCAGCCGCAGGCCGGGCCAGGUGGCUGGAUCGGGUGCUGGCUGCGCAGCGCCGCUCUCGGUUCCUACGGCCUCUCUCAUGCGCUGAGGGCGCCCGGCUGGGCCGGGCCGGCGGCGGGAGGGGAGGCUCCUCUCCAUGGUCCAGAAGACCAGCAUGUCCCGGGGCCCUUACCCACCCUCCCAGGACAUUCCCAUGGAGGUCUUCGACCCCAGCCCACAGAGCAAAUACAGCAAGAGGAAAGGGCGGUUCAAAAGGUCGGAUGGAAGCACAUCCUCGGAUACAACAUCCAACAGCUUUGUGCGCCAGGGCUCAGCGGAGUCCUACACCAGCCGUCCAUCGGACUCUGAUGUGUCUCUGGAAGAAGACCGGGAAGCCUUAAGGAAGGAGGCAGAGCGCCAGGCAUUAGCCCAGCUUGAGAAAGCCAAGACCAAGCCGGUGGCAUUUGCUGUUCGGACAAAUGUUGGCUACAAUCCGUCUCCAGGGGAUGAGGUGCCUGUGCAGGGAGUGGCCAUCACCUUCGAGCCCAAGGACUUCCUGCACAUCAAAGAGAAAUACAAUAAUGACUGGUGGAUCGGGCGACUGGUGAAGGAGGGCUGUGAGGUUGGCUUCAUACCCAGCCCUGUCAAGCUGGACAGCCUGCGCCUGCUGCAGGAACAGAAGCUGCGCCAGAACCGCCUCAGCUCCAGCAAAUCAGGUGACAAUUCCAGCUCCAGUCUGGGAGACGUGGUGACUGGCACCCGCCGCCCCACACCUCCUGCCAGUGCCAAACAGAAGCAGAAGUCGACAGAGCAUGUGCCCCCCUAUGACGUGGUGCCUUCCAUGAGGCCCAUCAUCCUGGUGGGACCGUCGCUCAAGGGCUAUGAGGUUACAGACAUGAUGCAGAAAGCUUUGUUCGACUUCUUGAAGCAUCGGUUUGAUGGCAGGAUCUCCAUCACUCGCGUGACAGCGGACAUUUCUCUAGCUAAGCGCUCAGUGCUCAACAACCCCAGCAAACACAUCAUCAUUGAGCGCUCCAACACUCGCUCCAGCCUGGCUGAGGUUCAGAGCGAGAUCGAGCGAAUCUUUGAGCUGGCCCGGACCCUUCAGUUGGUUGCUCUGGACGCCGACACCAUCAACCACCCGGCCCAGCUCUCCAAGACCUCACUGGCCCCCAUCAUUGUUUACAUCAAGAUCACCUCUCCCAAGGUACUUCAGAGGCUCAUCAAGUCUCGAGGGAAGUCUCAGUCCAAACACCUCAACGUGCAAAUAGCGGCCUCGGAGAAGCUGGCGCAGUGUCCCCCUGAAAUGUUUGACAUCAUCCUGGAUGAGAACCAAUUGGAGGAUGCCUGCGAGCACUUGGCGGAAUACUUGGAAGCCUAUUGGAAAGCCACACACCCGCCCAGCAGCACUCCACCUAACCCGCUGCUGAACCGCACCAUGGCUUCUGCAGCCCUGGCUGCCAGCCCUGCCCCUGUCUCCAACCUCCAGGGACCCUACCUUGCUUCUGGGGACCAGUCGCUGGAACGGGCCACCGGGGAGCACGCCAGUGUGCACGAGUACCCGGGGGAGCUGGGCCAGCCCCCAGGCCUUUACUCCAGCAGCCACCCACCAGGCCGGGUGGGCACCGUGCGGGCACUGUCCCGCCAAGACACGUUUGAUGCCGACACCUCUGGCAACCGAAAUUCUGCCUACACGGAGCUUGGAGACUCGUGUGUGGACAUGGAGACUGACCCCUCAGAGGGGCCAGGUCCUGGAGACCCUGCCGGGGUCAGCACCCCACCAGCUCGUCAGGGAUCCUGGGAGGAUGAGGAAGAAGACUAUGAAGAGGAGCUGACUGACAACCGGAAUCGUGGCCGGAAUAAGGCCCGCUACUGCGUGGAGGGCGGGGGACCCGUGCUGGGACGCAACAAGAACGAGCUGGAGGGCUGGGGGCGGGGUGUUUACAUCCGCUGAGAGGCAAGGGCCACCCUGGGAGGGGAGGUACAGCAAGCUGGUUUACCACCGGGGGUGUAUCUUGCCCCCAGGGGGCGCUGUCUCCUUUCAUAUGCCUUUGCUCAAUGUUUGGAGUUUCUUUGGUAGUAGCAUCCCAGCUCCUGGGAGUCUCUUAAGCCCCAGCUGUAGGUUUUUAUCUACCUGCGGUGGAUGGAUGGGGGAUGCCCACUUUUCUGCAGUGUCCCCCUUUCCCCACCUCAGGGGUCUUUCCCCUCACUCUCCCAGAGAAAAGGUGCACUUCCUUAACUCUACUUGGGGCUCUAAAAGGGUCCUAAAUGGGGUGGCCCUUUUUCCAACCUGGAGUAUUUGAGAAGGAGGAUAGGGGGCUUUUCCUGAAGACAGAUCACAGACUUUCCCAUGAUGGUUCUCUUCUCAAGCUCCAGAUUCAGGGUCCCUCAUGCCCAACCCUUCUCCUCCCCUCUCCCCAGCUUUCUGGCAGUAUUGUCUGGUAGGAGAGCUUUGGGAUGGCAGCUCCUUGGGGAGGUGUCUGGGCGGAAACUGAUGGGCAUCAGAUUUAGUGCCAUCUGCAUGCCCAGGACCUAACCCUAAGGAAUGGGCGAUCUGAGAUGCUGCUCCCUCCCCCCACCUCCAUUCCUCAGCCUUCACCCGCCCCAGGAAUGAGCUUUGCCUACAACAUCCCUUGCCUGCUGCCAUCAGAAGAGGGUCCCUCCACAUUUCUUUGUCGCCUGGGUAUGGAGCCCGUGGAACGCUGGUUUGCCUCAUUUUGAAACCAAAAACUGCUCAUUCAUUCUCACCCUGAAACCCCAUCAGAGGCCCUUUUGGGUUGGUGCCCAAGAAAUGAUCACCACCCCAGGGGUAGCCUCAGGACCACGGAUCUCCCCUGGGGGCUUGGUUGCUGCUGCUGCUGCUGCUGCUCUGUAUUUACCUCUUGUGAUCCUGUUCUUUACCCAUGUCCACUCCACCCCCCCCCCAGGAGAGGCCUUCGUACCCCUCUGGCCUGGAGUGUCCCUCUGCCUAGCAUUCCCGUAGCCCAGCAGCCCUGACCCUCCCCAGCAUCCCAGCUGGGCCAGAGAGAGCCGAUUGUGCCAAUGAGGACUGGGCCCUGCCCGGCUGCCCACCUCAGGGAUGGGCACCUCAUGCCUGUCUCGCCACCUCCUGUGCCAAUAUUGUCCCACCCCUCAACCUUGGGGUGGGGUACAGCUUCCACUUACUGGUUAGAAGAGACCACUGCCCAACCUAACCCCCUCCUGUCUGGUAUCCUGUACCCCCAUCUGUCUGUCUGUUCGUCUUGACUCCCUUAGGAGAAGUAUUUUGCCAC